AUGAGAGAGGACCAGCAAGAAGGACACAAUGACACAAGAGUGACAGAAUUCAUUCUUCUCGGUUUCCCUGGACCUCAAAGUUUACAGAUGUCCAAUUUCAUGCUCUUUCUCAUCAUGUACCUUCUGAUACUUUUGGGGAAUAUGGCCAUUAUUCUUCUAGUAAUAACAGGAGUAUGCUGUCUCCAUACUCCCAUGUAUUUCUUUCUUUGCAACCUUUCUUUCCUCGAGAUAUGGUACACCACAGCCCCCAUCCCCAAAAUUCUUGCCAUCUUUCUUGGGAAGAGUAGAAGCAUCUCUUUCACUGCAUGUGUUACGCAGAUGUAUUUUAUCUUUUCUCUUGGAAGCACUGAACACUUCAUGCUGUCUGCCAUGGCAUAUGAUCGAUACUUGGCCAUAUCUUCCCCUCUACACUAUAACAUCAUAAUGGACACUAAACUAUGUAGCACAUUGGCAUUUGGCUCUUGGCUGGGUGGAUUCCUUGCCAUUUCUAUACUAACUUACUUGGUCACAACUGUGUCCUUCUGUGGAACCAAUGUGAUUAAUAAUUUCUAUUGCAACAUUGACUCCUGGUUAGUUCUAUCCUGCAGUGACACUUACGUCAUUGAGAGAACAGCUUUUGUCAUAGCGCUCAUUGUGAUUUUGAGCUCCUGCUCAGUAUCCUUCAUUUCCUACAUGUACAUUAUCUCUACCAUCCUGCACAUUCCUAACACCAAAGGUCAACAAAAGGCCUUUUCCACAUGUUCCUCCCAUCUUGUUGUUCUGAUUAUUUGGUAUGGCUCCACCACCUUUCUAUUUGCCAAACCUAACACCAAUCUAGAAACCAACAAAAUAGUGAACGUCUUCACCCUCAUUGUGGUUCCAUUGUUGAAUCCUUUCAUCUAUCCACUAAGAAACAAAGAAGUGAAGGAUGUCUUGAGACGUUUGUUGCAUUUUUAUUUUCGCAAAACAUGUGCCAGAUGA